CGGACGAAGUCAGACGCGCGCCACGUUACUCCCGGUCGCCCAAACACGAGUCCUGGGAAAGCAAACAGGAAAUGAUCUUGAGCGCCCAUUGUUUGUUUACGGGUUGUGCAACGGCUAUCUCGAAGGCUUUUCCGGGUCCUGAAAUAGACAUUCGUGAAACAGAAAACUGUAAAUAUUUGUUUUAUUAAUAUAUUACGUUAGCAAGAGGCCAAGCGUCCUUGUGUUUAUGUAAAUUGCUGCGUACAAAAGUGAAAUAUUCCCCGCACCUUUUGGGGGACACGCAAAGGAUCCCGAUACCAAUAGCGCCAGAUAGGAACUUACUGCAUCGUUGGAAUCGCCACAACACAAUGUCGGGGAGAGCCACGGCGCACGCUCUCUGAGGAGGGCGACUUUACCCAGCGGAAGAGGGGAGAAGGGAAAGAAGACGCAGGAUUUGCUUGCGAGUCGCCAGCUUCCGAACUCAUGUGCAGGAACCAGCCCGUGCAACAGUCAGGUGACAAGAUGCGCGGGGGUGAAGAGAGUGCCAAGGUGCCCUCGUCCCCCCCGGGGCGGCCGAGGCAGCAGCAGGUGUCUCGUCUGCGUGUCGUGGUCCUGGGAGCCGAGGGCGUCGGCAAGUCAGCUCUGACGGUACGGUACCUGACGCGCCGCUACAUUAGCGAGUACCGGCGCUCCAUCGACCUGCUCUACCGCCACACCGUGUGCCUCGAUGACGUCACUUCCGAGGUGGAAAUCCUUGACGUGUCCUUUCGAGAGAGCGAGCACGAGAGCGUGUCCCCGGCGCAUACCCGUUGGGGCGAAGGUUUCGUGGUCGUGUAUUCGGUGGACGACCUUAUGUCCUUCCACGAGGCGCGAGUGAUCCUGGACGGCCUGCAGCGACUGAAGGCGCCCCUGUACGUGCCCGUCAUCCUACUGGCCAACAAGCGGGACCUCGACCCCGGCAGACAGGUAUCGGUUGAGGACGGACAGGCGCUGUCUCUGCAACACGGGUGCCAGUUCUACGAGGUGAGUGCCGCCGAGAGCCACGUCGGCGUGACACUGGCAUUCCAGGCACUGCUCAGGGAGACCCGUUCGCUACAGAUGACCCGCCCGACGCCCCGACAGCGCCGCCUCUCCAUCGUGGCCGUCUCCAGGAUGAUUGGCUCCUUAAUUGGCAGAGGCUCCGACCCACCCUCGCCUACCCUCAGACCCACCGUGGUCGUCCAAGAACCAGCGGGGAAGCGCGCCCUCAGAAGGAAGGACAAAAAACGACCAUCCUUAAGUCUCUGAGAGGUCGAGGAAAUAACGACCCUCUUUUAAGUCUUCGGGAACUCGAGGAAAUAACGACUUUCUUUUGUUUCCUGGAGGUCGAGAAAAUAACGACCCUCUUUUAAGUCUUCGGGAAGUCGAGGAAAUAACGACUUUCAUUAGGUCUUUGGGAGACUUAAAAUCGAGAAAAUAAAGACAUUCCACAAAGUCUCUGAGAGGUGGAAAAAAAACUUUCCUUAUUUUAAGUCCCAGAAAAGUCGAGAAAAUAUGAGUGAAUGUAAAAAUAGUUCCUCCUAUCGAAGCAGUAUAUUGGAAGAGAAAAAUCUGGCAACUGAAAGACACCGAGAAGAUGGCGGUGGCGGAACUGACGUUUAUGGAUGAAAUGCAGAAUCUCCUUGAUUCAUUUUAUUUGAGGAGAGUAUCAUCAUCAAAAUAUGCUCCCGUGUGCAGUUUUGGACAGAUACGGAAAGUAGACUUGUUUGUGUGUGUGUGUUUGUAAGUGUGCUUACGCAAAGCAUUUAUACAAAUAUAUGCUAUUUACUGUGAUAUUCUUCAUGCAUUCGAUCAACAUAUUAUAGACUGAAUUUUACGGGCAGGUUAAUGCCAUGUUUUUUUCGUAACAUUUUCAUUAUAUUGUCACGCAUUUCAAGAUCCCUCAUGUUUCAUAAUAUUUUUAUAAUAAAACAUAUAAAGAUA